CUCACCUCUGUUCUACACAUUGCUUGUCAGCUGUGCAGCAAAGAGAUUACGAGACUCGUCCUCUGUCGAGGCGCACUUCCGGGUACUCUUGACACGUAUGGGUGGUCGCCACUGCAUUUGGCGUCUUGGAGUGGCAAUACAGAUGUCAUUGAAAUGUUGAUAGAUCACGGCGCGGAUAUCGAACUACAGAAAAAUUGGAAUCAGCCACCACUAUUCGACAGAUUCAGGACUCAUUAUUCUGGUACAACCCCUGUACACCAAGCUGCCGCCAGAGGGCAUCUCGCUGCCGUAGAGCUUCUCUUAGCCGCCGGGGCAGAC